AUGACGGUUGGAGAGCUCACUCUGAAUGUCAUUAGCGCGUACGCACCCCAAAUGGGUUUAGACGAGGAGGUUAAGAGGUGUUUCUGGGAGGAUCUAGACGAGGUUGUGCGUUGUAUUCCUCCUUAUGAGAAGCUGUUUAUAGGAGGGGAAUUUAACGGGCAUAUUGGGACGAAUGCUGGAGGCUAUGAUGAGGUUCAUGGUGGUUUCGGCUUUGGAGCUAGGAACGGAGGAGGUGCUGCUUUGUUAGAUUUCGCUAAGGCUUUUGAGUUGGUGAUAGCGAACUCUAGUUUUUCUAAGAGGGAUGAAUAUUUGGUUACUUUCCAAAGUAUGGUGGCUAAGACUCAGAUUGAUUAUCUCCUCCUCAGGAUGGGUGAUAAAGUUCUACGCAAGGAUUGCAAAGUUAUGCGGAGUGAGUCCCUCGCGACACAACAUAGGCUCUUGGUGAUGGACGUCGGCAUCAUAAUAAAGAAGAAGAAGCGGGUUAUCUAG